UGGACAGCAGUGGGGACGUGGAAUUGUGUCCAUCUGCAGCCGGGACAAACCUCACACAGCAGCACACAAACCCACGGAUUUCAUAAAGUUAUUCUGUUAUUCACUCUAACGCUCGUGUUUGUGCGUGGAUGAGUCUGUGUGUGACCGCUGGAAGCGCGACAAGAAAAGGAUGAAGCUAAAAGAAAUUAACCGAACAGCCAUCCAGGCCUGGAGUCCAGCGCAGCAGCACCCCAUCUAUCUUGCAGCAGGAACGUCGGCCCAGCAGCUCGAUGCCACCUUCAGCACCAAUGCAUCACUGGAGAUCUUUGAAUUGGAUCUGGCUGAUCCUUCUUUAGCCAUGAAGUCAUGUGGUUCUUUUUCUUCUCCACACAGAUACCACAAACUAGUCUGGGGUCCACAUGGCAUUGAAGACCAGAGUUUGCCAUCGGGUCUCCUCAUCGCUGGAGGAGAGAACGGCAACAUCAUCCUCUAUGACGCCUCCAAAAUCAUUGCUGGAGACAGUGAAGUGAUCAUUUCUCAGAGCGAGAAACAUACAGGACCAGUUAGAGCUCUCGACGUCAACUCGUUUCAGACAAACCUUGUGGCCUCUGGGGGAAAUGAGUCAGAAAUCUACAUUUGGGAUUUGAACAGCUUGAGCUCCCCAAUGACGCCAGGACCCAAAACACAGCCCCUAGAGGACAUCAGCUGUGUGGCGUGGAACAAACAAGUGCAGCACAUCCUGGCCUCGGCCAGUCCCAGCGGAAAAGCUUCAGUCUGGGAUCUGAGAAAAAACGACCUGAUCAUCAAAGUCAGCGAUCACAGCAAUAGGAUGCAUUGCUCUGGUCUGUCCUGGAACCCGGAGGUGGCCACUCAGUUGGUUCUGGCGUCUGAAGAUGACCGAAUGCCCGUCAUCCAAAUGUGGGACUUGCGUUUUGCCACCUCCCCUCUCAAAGUGCUGGAGAGCCACACAAGAGGUGUCUUAGCCAUAGCCUGGAGUGAAGCAGAUCCAGAGCUGCUCCUGAGCUGUGGGAAAGAUAACCGGAUCCUGUGCUGGAACCCCAACACGGCUGAGGUCCUGUAUGAGCUGCCAACCAGUACUCAGUGGUGUUUUGACAUCCAGUGGUGUCCCAGAAACCCAGCUGUGCUUUCUGCUGCUGCCUUUGAUGGCCAUAUCAGCAUUUACUCCGUUAUGGGAGGAAGCAAUGAUAACACCAUUACUUUACAGGCUGAACAGUUAAGUAGUUCAUUUGGAAAUAUGGAUCCUUUUGGCACGGGCAAAACACUGCCGCCUUUACAGCUGCCUCAGACCGUCACGACCCAGAGCACCGUCACACCUCUGAAGAAACCCCCCAAAUGGAUCCGUAGACCAGUUGGAGCAUCUUUCGCUUUUGGUGGGAAACUAGUCACUUUGGACAACAUUAAGCCAGCAGCCCAACAGCCGCAGCAGACUGCUGCCCAUGUCGUUCAUAUCAGUCAGGUUGUGACAGAAACUGAUUUCCUUGAUCGAUCGAACCAACUUCAGGCGACACUCACUGCAGGAAAUUUCCUUGAGUACUGCCAAACCAAGAUUGAAGCUGCUCAGAGUGAAUUUGAAAAGACCGUUUGGUCUUUUCUGAAGGUGAAUUUUGAAGAAGAUGCACGAGGGAAAUAUUUGGACCUUUUGGGAUACAAGAAGGAAGAGCUCGCCCUAAAGAUUGCAUCAGCGUUAGAAAGGAACUGCAAAUCUGAUGAGGCCGAUGUGCUUUCACUCAUACCUCACCAUCAUCCCGCUCCUGUGUCAAACCGAGUGCCUGACCCUGAUUCUAAGCCUGAACUAGUCCUUGAAACUAAACCCACUGGUGUGCCGGCUCAUCCUCAGCUCGAGCCAAAAAAUCCUUCAAACCUUGAGUUAAACCUUCAUUCUGUGCACGAACCUUUGCUUGAACUCACAACCCAGAAAUCUCAAUCACAGCCCUCAGUGGACUUCACCCCUCCAGUAGAUCUCACCACCUUCUUUGACCCGACACCUCCAGUCGAUCUCACCUACUCCUUUGUCCAGACUCCUCCAGUGGACAUUGCUUUUCCUGCUGAUAUCACAUCACAGGUUGAUUCUUCUGGUCAUAUGAUCCUCACACCUCAAGUGAAGUCAGAGUCUGUGCAACUUUUCGCUCCUUCAACUUGUCACCUGGGAUCUUCAGAUCUACUGUUACCAGCUGAAUCUACUGCUGCAGUGGUGCCAGAAGAGUCUCUUCCUCAACCACCAGUUGAGUUUCAGCAGCCUGUGCCACUUAAGAACCAAGCGUCCAGUGCAAUGCAUUCUGAACCAGUGCUACCUUUACCAGCUGGACCUUCUGAGUCUGUACAAGAAGGCACUGUUGAUUUACAACAGCCAGAAUCUUAUGUGAUGCCACCAUGUAGCUCUCAGCCGCUGGCCACUCUUGGCCUUUCUCCAGAUAUCUUACCUCGAGAAGCCAUGUGCUUGCAAGCUCUAGCUGACUCCCAACCACCUGCACCAGAAUCUGAUUUGACGACACAACAUCCUGUUUCUGAUCUUCUGAAUACCAGUGAUUGCCAGCCAGAGGAGGUUUCUGGUAGUGGUGACCCAAAUAAAUCCAGGGCUAAAGAGGAAACAACACUGGAUGAGGUUGAGAAGAAAAGCCCUGUAGAGGAAGAAGCAGAACCGCCUGCCACGGAGACAUCAGACCUCGAUGAGAUUCCUUUUGAAGAUGAAGAACCUGCUGCUGAGGAGACGUCCAACACAGACAUUACUCCAGCCCCUACUUCAGACACCGUUAACCUCAAAGUUAGCCAGGAUAUUGAUGGGCUGAUCACACAAGCACUGCUGACUGGUGAUUAUGAAGCUGCUGUUAACCUCUGUCUGCAUGAUAACCGGAUGGCUGACGGCAUCAUCCUGGCUAUUGCUGGCGGACCUGAGCUUCUGGCAAAGACUCAGAAAAAAUACUUCAGCAAAACUCAGAGCAAAAUCUCCAAGCUCAUUAGUGCCGUGGUGAUGAAGGACUGGUUGGACAUUUUGGAGACAUGUGACCUGCAGAACUGGAAGGAAGCUCUGGCUGCAGUAAUGACUUACGCCAAGCCAGAGGAGUUCUCCUCACUGUGUGGUCUGCUGGGCUCCAGGCUGGAGGCUGCUGAGGAAGCGGCACUGCAGGCUCAGGCCUGUCUCUGCUACAUCUGCGCAGGCACAGUAGAGCAGCUGGUCGCCUACUGGGCCAAAGCUCAGGACUCCUGCAGCCCGCUGUCAUUGCAGGAGCUGGUUGAGAAGGUGGUGGUCCUGCAGAGAGCUGUGGUGAAAGCUCAGGGUGGUGUUCCUCCUGAUAUGGGUGCACUGCUGGCAGAGAAGAUGAAUCAGUACGCCAGUCUGCUGGCAUCACAGGGCAGCUUACAGACGGCCAUAUCCUACCUGCCCACCAACACUCAACAGGUUGCUGUGCAGCAGUUGCGUGAUCGUCUGAGCAGAGCUCUGGGUCAGCAGCAGCCCAGGCAGCCUGGAGCAGUGACUGGAAUGCAAAACAUGCGCCAGACGCUUCCCGCCGCUGUACCAGCGCAGACAUACGCACAACCUCAACCUCCACAGGUCCCCGCGCAGCCCGCCGCGCCUCCUCAGUAUUACCAACAGGGUAGAUCCGCCACUACUGUCACGUCCUGGAGUAACCAAACCCCUACAGCUCUGCCCAGUGUCCCUCGCCCGCUAGUGCCUGCCGCUGACCCGCAGGUGGAGUCCACACCUCCAGCCUUUGGCCUUCAGGCUCCAGCGAGUGGGUCCGUUCCUGCCUCCAAUCCGUUCAUGUACUCCCAGCAGUACCAGAACUAUCAUCCUGUCCAGCAGUUCACACCUGCCGCCGGGACUCCUGGCAUCUAUCAGCCUCUUUCAUACUCUUCUUCUACAGCCUCUCCUCUUCCUCCUCCACUCUCCUCCUCCUCUUCCGCAGCUGCUGUCUAUCCUCCGCAGUUCAUGCAUCCUGCCUCCUCUCAGCCAGCUGUGAUUUCUGGGCCUCCUCAGGGAGGUCAGCCUUUUUCCUCUCCAGCCCUCUCUUCUGGCAUGUCUUUCCAGCAUGGUGGGCCGGGGUCGCCCACGGCUUAUCUUCCUCCUCCAGUCGCCAGAGCUCCAGGUACUCAGAAUGAUCCCGCACUGAUUCCAGCCUCCCAGAGAACAGGAGGAUUAAAUCAAGACUUUGCCUGGUGUUUGGAAGGACCUCAGAACGGCUGGAACGAUCCUCCCACACUCAACAGAGCUCCCAAAAAGAAGAAGAUGCCAGAACACUUCACUCCACCAGCACCCAUUACAGCACCCAUCAUGGCCCCUCUAGGAGAGCCUCAGGUCCCUGCUCCCCAGACCAUGCAGACCCUUCAACCGCAACAACAGGUUCCAGAUCAGCCUGUGGGUCCAGCCACCUUCACCCCCAUCCAGCAGCAGCCACUGGGACCCCCGGGCAGAAACCCCAACAUGCCUCAAGUCAACAUGGAGGGUGCACCCGGAGCUCCAAUUGGAGAUGUCAUAAAGCCACUUCAGUCCAUACCGACUGAGAAGAUCACUAAGAAGCCAAUCCCUGAGGAGCACAUGGUGCUGAAGACCACUUUUGAGGGACUGAUCCAAAAAUGCUUGGCUGCUGCUUCAGACCCGCAAACCAAGAGGAAGCUUGAUGAUGCUCAUAAGAGGAUGGAGUAUCUCUAUGACAAGCUGAGAGAACAAACACUGUCUCCAGCUAUUGUCGGCGGUCUUCACAAUAUGGCCCGCAGCAUCGAGUGCCGCUCCUACACCGACGGACUGAACAUCCACACACACAUCGUGAGCAACAGCAACUUCAGCGAGACGUCCGCUUUCAUGCCCGUCCUGAAGGUGGUGCUGACACAGGCCAACAAACUGGGUGUUUGAUAUCCACUGUCUAUGACACACUCGAACCAACAAGUAUUCUCAAACCCCUCAAGCCAUCAUUCCUGGACCAGUUGUGCAUAUAUUUGGCCAGUCCUAACAGAUCUGGUUUACAGCCAUGUUUUUGUUGUUUAUUUUUGUCACAUGUAUUUUAAUGUUAUUACAUAUUUGUAAUCAUGACAGAGCAGAGUGCAAUAGGGCUUUCCCCUUUUAUGUCUCCAGUUUUAAUGGUAAACUAGCUUCAUGAAAUGAAACGCGUGUUUUAUGCUUUAGUGAAGAAUAGCGGCGAGCUUGUCAUUUCCAGUGCACCGUGCUUAAGUUAUGCUAUCAAUUUGGCAUUAUUUUUUUGAUUUUUAAGAUAUAUGAUGUUUACGAUUAUCCCAACUCCUCUGCAUUUCAAUUUAUUUUCUGUGAAUCUUCAGUGAUUUACGUUAUGAUGACAUUUCUGCAGAUGAAGUUUGAUAACAAGGUAACAUGAUAAAAGAGUUGCAAUGAAUUUUUAUUUUAACACUUCCUUUGAUUUAGUAUUUGGAAUUCAAUUGGAAAUUUACGAUUAAAUCUUGACUUAUGUUUGUUUCAUAAUAAUGCUGCCUGUCUUUGUUGUACAUGUUGAAGACAUCUUUUCAGAUAAUGCGGCAAAAGAAACAGGAUCUGAUGUGUGUAAAAAAACAAAAACAACAAAAAAAAAGGUCAGGCUAUAAUAAAGGGAAUGUGUUAUUUUUGUAAUCAUCUUUUUUUUUUUUAAUCACAGUCUCAGCCAGCUAUCAUUCUGUUAGUAAGUGUUUUGAGCAAUGUUGCAAAUGGCUGCAGAAAAGUUUGGAGGCUUGCUCUAAAACUUUGGGUUUUUAUGCAAUCUGUGUACUGUCUCAAUAAUUGAGAUUGUACUGUAAAUCUGACUGUUUUGCAGUUUUAUUAAAAACAAAUUGAGACA